AACCAAAGCCAUAUCACAACUGGAAGAUCAGACAAGUCGAGAUGGGCAGCAACCAGAUGAAAACCCGACUGGUCCUGGUCACUCUGGUAUUGCUGGUCUUCUUUGAGAUGAGCCAGUGCUUUACACUGUCCAAGAGUGAGAAUGGACAAGGGUCCCUGACCACUAAGAAAUCCCAAAACCCGAGGGACAUGGCAUCUGUGCUGCUGCGGCAGAAGAGAAUGAGCCACAUCUCGUUGUGCUUGUACUGCUGUGGAUGCUGUAAAACGUCGAUGUGUGGAUUUUGCUGCAAAAUUUAAACGCUAGCCCCUCAGUCAAAGAAUGUCAUCCUGCUAAAGGCCUUACCAUCCUUAUUUAUUGCUUGGUAUCUAUUUAAUGCAGCUGCCUCUCGUCGUUUUCAAUUAAAGCUGCACCUGCAUUUUACACUGCAGGAAAAGGCCAUUCAGCCACUCUGCUCUGUGUUGGCUCCACACUGGCCUCCUCCCACAUCAUCUCCCCUCAUCUUCCCCCCAUCACCAUCUCCUUUUGUUUCUCUCUCCCUUAUGUGUUUAACCAGCUUACCCCCUCUUCGAUACGUCAAUAUGAUUUUCAACCCCCCACUCCUUGUGAGAGCAAGUCCCACAUUCUCUCCCCCACUCCCUGUGGAAGAGUGUCCCAUAUUCUCCCCUCACUCCCUGUGGGAGCGAGUCCCACAUUCCCCUGCUCCACUCCUUGGGGGAAGACGUAGCUCCUGAAUUUCCCAUUGGAUUUAUCAGGCACUGUCUUAUCUUGAAUUUUAGUUUUAACCAUUUCUGGUACCAAUAUUCUGUUCUUUGAAUGUAACCUGAAUGUCAAUUUAUGAAGUUGUGUGCAUGUAAAUGCACGCGUGUGUGUGUGUAUGAAGUUGUGUGCAUAUAAAUAUGUGUGUUGUGUUUGAGUAUGAUUGCAUGUGUGUGUGCGUGUUUGAGUGCAUGUUUAAGUGUGUGUAUUUGAGUGUGCAUGUAGUAACUACGACCGAGUCAUUGAAAUGUCUGAUACUGAAGUUGAUGAUACUUAAAAUCUGAAGGGAUGACAAGCAGGUAUCUGUUCUAUGUUCUUAAGCAGAAAUUUAGCCUUACAAUAUAUUCACACUGCAUCUCAGCAGGACAACAGUUGUAAAUACUGUACGUUGUAAAACAAAAUUAAUAAACCACUAUUAUCUUCAGAAAA